UUUUUUUUUUUUGACGAGAACUCGCAAUUCUACAAUUCUACUUUCUUCAAGAUUCACGUUCUGUAAGUAAUGGAGAGUAACAGUAAUGGCCGUUCACGUCCAGUAAGCUUACCUAAAGCUCCAAAGAAAGGUGGAAAUAUAUUGCUCCCUAAGGUAGUUCAGACUCGUAAACUUGUAAGCCAAAUAUUAAAUGACCUAAAAAAAAGGAAAAAACCUCCUUCUCCUUUUCAAAAUAUGGUUAAUCAAGCUGAUUCAUUUCAUGAAGUUAAUACAAAUCCAAAUCUGCAAAAUUUUUUUAAUACCGAUGAUACUUGCGAUUUAUUAAGUCAACUUAGAGAUGUAUUGAUAGUUUGUUCGAUGAAUGGAAUUUACUUUGGAGAUAGAAUGUCUGCCACGCCACCUGAGUCUCCCUAUACUUCACGAGACCCUUCACCAAAUCGAUCUCGUUCGCCAUCGCCAUCACGAUCUAAACGCGAUUUAUCAAACCGAAACAAAAGUUCUGGCAUACUAGAACGCAUUUUAGAAGUUUUAUACGAUAUUGUUCAAAAUGAUUGUCGAUAUAAAGUUAUUACUCCAAGACCAUCUCGCCCACCUAAUGCAUUACAAUCAAUAGUACUUGAUGUCGCUCAUUUACUGGUUAAUCAAAAUCCAUAUUCGCCGGGUUGGUUGUAUGAAUUGGGGAUGGCAAUGAUGCCAGGAUUUAAUAUUUUUAAUGAUGUUUUACGUGCGAAGCUAUUGAUAUUUUAUGCUGAUUCCUUAAUUCCACAAUUGAUUGCUUGUCAAAGUGAUACGAGUGAUGAUAUAAUUGUCGCCUCAUCUUUGCGUCGUGGGAAGUCCAAUGGAAAGAUCACUACGAAUGGCAGGUUUUAACGAAUCUAGAACUGAAUUUUAUUCAAUAUUUACUCAUAUUAAAAUUAUUUAUUCUUGUAGAAUUUGAAAAUUCAUCAUACAUAAACAUAACCAUAAACUCAGAAGAUCCAAUACCACCCGGUAAUUUACCAGAUUCAGAAC